UUUGUAGCGAGUUUAGGUGGAUAAGUGAGCUGUGUGGUAGUAAUGAAGUGGAAGGACCCGGAUACGUCGUUGUAAGACGCCUCGGGCUGACUGAAGCUCCUCAGAGAACCGCUAACGAGCUGACUAGUUAUCAGCUAACUAACUGACUAGCUGCAGCUCACUAGCUGAUAGCUGCUGAAGUGACAGGACGCCGUUGGUCGACGCUUCACGGCGGCGUGUGUCGGCUCACUGGCAGCGGGUCGGACGCGGUGCUGUUUUGUUUCCCGGUUCUUCGGCUGGUAGUGUUGAACUCCCUGCCGGCAGAAGCCAUGGAUGAAGAACCAGAAAGGGCUAAGCGCUGGGAAGGAGGCUAUGAGAGGACAUGGGAGGUGUUGAAGGAGGACGAGUCUGGCUCCCUCAAAGCCACAGUGGAGGAGAUCCUCUAUCAGUCCAAAAGGAAAAGGGUGAUAGAAAGCCAUGGACAAGUAAGGCUGGGAAUGAUGCGUCACCUUUUUGUGGUGAUUGACUGUUCACGCAGUAUGGAAGACCAGGAUUUGAAACCAAACCGCCUCACCUCAACUCUAAAGCUGAUGGAAGCAUUUAUUGAUGGGUAUUUUGACCAAAAUCCCAUCAGUCAGGUGGGCGUUAUCACCACAAAGAACAAAAGGGCUGAGAAGCUGACUGACUUGGCAGGAAAUCCAAAGAAGCACAUUGCUGCACUGAAGAAGGCAGUGGACACUGUGUGUGUAGGAGAGCCGUCCCUGUACAACUCUCUGAACCUGGCCAUACAAACCCUGAAGCACAUGCCUGGACAUACGAGCCGAGAGAUCCUGAUAAUCCUCAGCAGCCUCACCACAUGUGACCCAGCCAACAUCUAUGAGAUGACCAAGACACUGAAGUCUCUGAAUGUACGGGUGUCAAUAAUCGGCCUUUCAGCAGAGGUCCGAGUGUGUACAGUGUUGACCAGGGAAACAGGCGGCUCAUACCAUGUUAUCCUGGAUGAGAGUCACUUCAAAGAGCUGCUGACGCUGCAUGUUAAGCCUCCUCCAACCAGCUCAUCGUCUGAAUGCUCUUUAAUACGCAUGGGUUUUCCUCAGCACACAAUUGGUUCUCUGACUGACCAGGAUGCUAAGCCUUCAUUCAGCAUGUCUCAUUUGGACAGCAGCAGCGGUCUGUCUCUGGGAGGAUACUUCUGUCCACAGUGCCACUCUAAUUACACAGAGCUUCCUGUGGAGUGUAAAGUCUGUGGUUUGACUCUGGUAUCGGCCCCCCAUCUGGCCAGAUCCUUCCAUCACCUCUUUCCCCUUGAAGCUUUCAUAGAGAGUCCGGUGGAGGAGCUCCAAGGAAAUGGGUUCUGCCAAGCCUGUCAAGGGGAGCUGAAGGAUAAAAGUAUAUUCACCUGUCCAUCAUGUCGCAGUGUGUUCUGUGUGGAGUGUGAUCUCUUCAUCCAUGAUUCGCUGCACUGCUGCCCAUGCUGUAUUCACAGUCAGACUGCUUCUUGAAGCUGGUUGUCAGUCAUCUGACAGAUACUGAAGCAGACUCAAUGUUCAUGUAUUUGGGAUUUACCCAUAGAUUUAAUGUUUGUGAUUGGCUUGUGUCUGUCCUAUCAGUGUUGUCAGCAUCUUAUAAUAUGGGACUCAUGCACACAGGCUGCCUGUGGCCCAUCCAGAUGGACAUAUUUUUGGGUCUGGAUUUGAAGAUUGGCACAAAAUAUGGGAAACAAAUUUGAUUGAGACAUUUUGUUUGAGGGUCAUUCAACUGCAUUCCUGCUACAGACAGUGCUGAUUUGUGCCAAAACUCUAGAUAAGUGCUAAGUUGCUGCACUGUUUUCCUACUGUUAUAUAGUAUACCAGCAGCAUAUUAAACAUGUCAAAACUAGUUUGUGUGCAUUGUUUAAGCAAGGUCUUGUACUAGAGUCCUAAUAGUGACAUGAAAUAUGAAUGAAAAAUACUUAUUGCACUGUUAAAAUGCUUUAGUAGUUUGUUUUAAAGCAAAAAUAUACAAAAGACUCACAA